AAAAACUCUCUUAUCUCAGCCUGUCGCUGUCGCGUCGAUUCGCUCUGCUCACUCGAGCCUUUCACUCCCUUCACUGCGCGAUCCCCUUGACUGCUCCCCCUCAACUCCGCCCAAAACUCCGCCCGCCUUCCCUUCAGCACAACUACUCCGUCUCCUGCUUUGCCGAGCAACCAGUGGAGGAAAUCGCUGGAUUAUCACUAGAGCACCACCGUCCUCAAUCGAAGCUUAUCUUCGCAGUUGGUGACGCGAGAGGGGAGUGUGCAGCAACGUCGAUCGCUCGAACGUAGUUCUAGGGCUCCCAGACAAGAGCCGCAGACAUGCAGGGCCAACCGCUUCUCUCGCCCAAAAUGCGGCGUCAAGAGUCCGCUAAUAACGGUCGCCGCGCAGUGCAGACUGGUGCCGUCGUGGGCCUAACAUUAGCGGCUCUAUUCCUGGCGUACAUGUUCUCCAUGGGGUCUUUCUCCAAUAGCAUCGCUCCCACCGCUGAUAUUCAGCCCGCAUCCCAGAGUCGCAAGGUGGGCUCGUUUGGCGCGGAAACUACGGAGGAGGCGGAAUCCGUUGAGGAUGAGCCGGUGCUGCCACGGCUGAAGCCGGCUGACGUGUCGUCAUCUCGUAGCAAGACCGCGGCUCUCUCCUCAUCUUCCGCCGCGGAGGAACAAUUGUCGCUAGAGAAACAGAGCGAGGCAUCCGCGGACGAAAAGGCGACGCUGGAUCUGGAGCUUACGGUUGAGCGCGACGCGACGACGGACGUAGUGACGCAAGAGCAGGAGAGCAAGCAGGAGAAACAGAUGGAGGAGGGCAGUCAGGCAAGCGAGGAGCCUGCUAGUGGCGCUGAGAAGGAGAGUGAGGACGAAUCCAGCGCCGAGAGCGACUCGGAUUCUGGAAGUAAUACGGAAGAAAGCGGCGAGUCGUCCAGCAGCCCGCCGCAAGAGGAAGAAGCUGAGCAGACUAGCGAGCCUAAGGACGAGGACAGCGAAUCGCAGGAGGAGGAGUCGAAGAAGAGCAAGAAGUCGAAGAAGGGGAAGAAAGAGAAGAAGGAAAAGAAGGAAAAGAAGUCCAAGAAGCGUUCCAGUGGGGACGAGUCCACCGAUGACCAGCAAAUCGACGCGUUUCCUGUGUGCGACCCGGAGUUGUCGGAGGUGAUUCCGUGUUUGGACCACAACAUCCACAAGAAGAUGAAGCUGCACCUCAAGACGGGCCUCAUGGAGCACUACGAGCGUCACUGCCCGCCCUCCGACCUCCGCGUGCGCUGCCUCGUGCCGCCGCCCGCCGACUACAAGACGCCCAUCCGGUGGCCCGAGAGCCGCGACGUGGUGUGGAAGUCGAACGUGCCGCACCCGUUCCUGGCGACGGAGAAGUCGGACCAGCACUGGAUGGUGGUCGACGGCGACAAGAUCCGCUUCCCGGGCGGCGGCACGCACUUCCAUGACGGCGCCGACAAGUACAUCCAGUCCGUCGGCCGGAUGCUCAAGAACGAGGACGGCGAUCUGUCGCUGGGCGGCAAGAUCCGGACGGUUCUGGACAUCGGGUGCGGGGUGGCGUCGUUUGGCGCGUUCCUGCUGGACCAGGGCAUGAUCGCCAUGUCUGUGGCGCCCAACGACCGCCACGAGAACCAGAUCCAGUUCGCGCUCGAGCGCGGGGUGCCGGCGUGGCUCGGCGUGCUGGGCACGAAGCGCCUCCCGUUCCCCUCUGCGGGGUUCGACCUCGCGCACUGCUCGCGCUGCCGCAUCGACUGGGGCCAGCGAGACGGCGUGCUGCUACUAGAGCUGGACCGUCUGCUGCGGCCGGGCGGGUACUGGGUGUGGUCCGCGCCCCCCGCGUACCGUGACGAUGAGGAGAGCCGCGCGCUGUGGAAGCAAGUGGCGGACGUGGCCAGCCGGCUGUGCUGGACGCUGGAGGUGCGCGAGGCGCAGACGGCCAUUUUCCGCAAGCCCAAGGGCGGCAGCUGCUACGGCGAGCGCCCCGAGGGCACGGUGCCGGCGCUGUGCGACGACCAGGGCCGCGAGGAGGCGAGCAGCACGUACAACGUGUCGCUCUCCACCUGCAUCGCCGCGCCCUCCACUGACAGCGCAGUGAGCGUGGCGCCAUGGCCGCGGCGGCUCAAGGCGCCCCCACCGAGAGUGGCGCUCACUGACGUGGACACUGACGCAUACAAGAAGAUGAACAAGGUGUGGGCGGAGCGGGUGGACGCGUACUGGGCGUUGCUAGCAGACCGCGUGCAGCCAGACUCAGUGCGCAACGUGCUUGACAUGAACGCGGGGCUGGGGUCCUUCGCUGCUGCUCUCACCGCUGCCAAGCCGGUGUGGGUGAUGACUGCCGUCCCGCCCACGGAUGCCCACGCCCUGGAGGUCAUCUAUGACCGCGGACUGCUGGGCGUGUACCAUGACUGGUGUGAGGAGUUCUCCACGUACCCGCGCACGUACGACCUGCUGCACGCGCACAAGGUGCUCUCCCUGGUAACCUCCCGACACUGCUCCUCGGACGAUCUCCUCCUAGAGAUGGACCGCAUCAUGCGCCCAGGGGGCUUCCUUCUCCUCCGCGACUCCCCCGCCCUGCUCGCACGUGUGGUCGCCCGUGCCCCAGCGCUCAGAUGGACAGUGCUGGAGGGGCCGCUGUCGCCUGCAGCUGAUGGUUUGCCUGGGGAGGUGGAGGGCGAGACAGGGAAGGAGGAGGUUAUGGUUGUGAUGAAGAAUCUCGUCAGCAGCGAGAGGUGAUAUGGUGCUGGUGAUAUUGCUCCAUGGAAGUUCGGAGCACCUGCAGCUGAUGACGUAUUUCUUAAAGGUUGUGCAUGCUUUGCCACCAUAGCCCGUUUAUUUGCUGCAUUUACUUAGCCUAGCUGUUGGGACCUCGAAGUGUGGUGAUGGGCGCACUUACAAAUGCGCUUUGGUGUUCGAAAAAUGUAGGCAAUUGAUGUUCAAAUUAGCCACAUUCUAGUGCAUACUUUGCUAAUCUAAUUU